ACUGCACUAUCUUAUCGUGACUGGAAGAACAUCGAACUUAUCACUGCUCUAAGUGUCAUACUGCUAUCCUCGCCUAGUGAAGGUGUAACUUUGUGAGUUAUCAUUCGUCAUUUUUGUUUAAAGGUGCAGCCCCGUGAACGUCAUCCUGGUAUUCUUCUCGAAGCUAUAAAUCGUAAUGGCUCCACUAAAGCUAACGUACUUCCCCAUCAAGGGUCUUGCAGAACCGAUCCGUUUCAUCUUUGCUUACGCCAAUGAGGAAUUUAUCGAUGACAGAAUCGACGCUAACAACUGGCCAACGAUAAAACCAACAACACCUUUCGGGAAGCUGCCCGUUUUGGACAUCGACGGAAAAGUUGUGACUCAAGCCUCUCCUAUUUGCCGUUACUAUGCCAAAAAAUGUGGUCUCAAUGGCAAAGAUGACUGGGAAGACUUGCUGAUCGACGCCACAGUGGGUACUUUUGAUGAUAUGCGAAAAGCAAUUGCAAACUACUAUUAUGCUCCUGAUGAGGAAUCUAAAAGGAGGAAGUACGACCCAUUGAUCAAAGACACGAUUCCGUUCUACAUGGAGCGACUGGAAAAGCAAGUGAAAGAAAACGGAGGUUAUUUUGUGAACGGGAGGUUGACCUGGGCGGACUUAUGGGUCGUUUCUUUGUCGUCGUCACUGGACAUUGUGAACUAUUAUACGAAACUUACCGUGGAGGAAAAACACCCUCAUAUCAAGGCUUUAAGGGACAAAGUGCAGGCCAUUCCAGCGAUCAAAGCGUGGAUUGCAAAGAGGCCGAAAACCGACUGGUGAUUGUAGUUUUAGCAUUAAAAUGAGCCGUUCUCAACCUGGUCAAGUUUCAGAGGUUUAUUUCUUGUUAAAAUACUUUCGAGAUUAUCGAAGCAUCUUACGGAACCUCUCCUUUCCCCUUCAUUAUUUUAUUUGCAACUCAAGUUAUUCAAUUCCAUUUUUAAUAUCUCUGCAAUUACAGUUUACUCGUAUGUAUAAUUUCAACGGAAAGUCAUACAUUAAGGUGUUCACUAUGCCAACAUUUUAGGCGAUAUCUUCAUUUUGUUGUAAAUAUUAACAUGAGCUCAAACUUUCGGUUGGAUUCAGUCAUGCUCCCCUA